CAUGUCCGUUCAGUGGUGAUCUUUGGUGGCUGCAGUUUUCCGAGUUCAUGGCAACUUUGGCUAAAGUGAUGUCCAAGUUCCGCCUCGCCGUGGUCCAGCUGCAGGUGAGCAGCGUCAAAGCGGACAACCUGAGCAGAGCCCGGGGUCUGGUGAGGGAGGCUGCAGCGCAGGGGGGCAAGGUGGUGCUGCUGCCGGAGUGCUUCAAUUCUCCAUAUGGGACCAGCUUCUUCUCAGAGUAUGCGGAGAGGAUCCCGGGAGAGUCCACUCAGGUGCUGUCUGAGGCGGCAAAGGAGAGCAAGGUGUAUCUCGUGGGAGGCUCCAUCCCUGAAGAGGACGGGGGAAAGUUGUACAACAGCUGCACUGUGUUCGGCCCUGAUGGAAAGAUGAUCCUCAAGCACAGGAAGAUUCACCUGUUUGACAUUGACGUUCCGGGGAAGAUCCGCUUCCAGGAGUCUGAGACGUUGAGUCCCGGAAACGCCUUGUCCAUGUUUGAGACACCCUUCUGUAAAGUGGGUGUCGGGAUUUGCUAUGACAUGAGGUUUGCUGAGCUCGCACAGCUCUACAGCAGGAAAGGCUGCCAGCUGCUGGUUUACCCAGGAGCCUUCAACAUGACGACCGGUCCGGCCCACUGGGAGCUCCUUCAGCGGGGGAGGGCGAUUGAUAACCAAGUGUAUGUAGCCACAGCGUCACCUGCCAGAGAUGAGACUGCAUCCUAUGUGGCCUGGGGCCACAGCUCUGUGGUGAACCCAUGGGGAGAAGUGAUUUCCAAAGCUGGACCAGAGGAAUCCAUCAUAUAUGCAGACAUUGACCUGCAGUAUUUGGCCGACAUCAGGCAGCAGAUUCCGAUCACAGCUCAGCGUCGGGACGACCUCUACUCGGUGACCUGCACACAGGAAGCCUCAGGCUGAACCCAGCGCCACGACCCGGUCCUGUUCUCCACGUGCGGCUGAAAUUCUCGUGCCGAUUCUCAUCUAGAUUGUUCAUUUCUCAAAAGGCUGUCAGAGCAGUGGUUGGUUUGUCGCCCUCGGUUAACGCUCGUAUCACAGCUCCUUCGUAUGAUUGGCAACGUUGUGAUCCCGCUUGCACAUAAAUGAGCUGGAGGAGGAAUUUGCAGGGUUUAAAAAAGGUAUUAAUCAUGCUUUUAAUUCAUAUUUUGUGACAUGUAAACUUGCGGUGUUGGGUUCAUAUUAAAUGCAGCCAACAAGUCCAGUAUGGUGAAUGAGCGGCACUUCUGUGCUGACCUAUUUGAAAUGAUACCUUUCAUUGAGAAACCGUGAUUCAGAAAAUAUUGUGAUAGAGUUGUACAAUAUGAGAAUAAAUUAUUUUUUUAAUUCACA